AUGAUUAACAGCGACAGUAGAAAGCUGACCUGUAACCUUCUGGAAAUUGAUAAGAACCUGGGAAGCGAAGAUUUGGAGGCUGUUAAGUUUUUCUGCAUUGAUUUCAUCCCCUGGAAGAAGUUGGAAACUGUGGAGUCGGCACACAAUCUUUUCCAUUAUCUCAUGAACGAAGACAUACUAAAUGAGGAGGACAACUUUAUAGUAGCAGAACUUCUUUACAGAAUUAAGAGUAUCAGCCUGCUAGCGAAGCUUGACUAUACCAAAGAGGCAGUUGAAAAAGAUCUACCUCGGCGAGGGAGGGUAUCUGAAUACCGGUGAGUCUUCCAUUUCUGAAGAUACCGUUCUGCUUGAAAAACAUUGGCUGAUAUGUUCCCUUCCUUCUGGUGGGCAUCAAAACAUUUUUAUUUAUUUAUUUGCUAGCUGUUUGGUGGGGAGACCUUGAACCUGGACAGCUGCCACCAGAGACUUCUGGUUCUGUGGAUGUUUGGGUUGGGUGGUGGUGGUUGGGAAGCCAGGUUUCUAAGACUUAGAUCAGGAGGUUGUCAACCUGAUCCCUUCAGAUUCAGGAUUCUAGGUGGGUGGUAGAGGGUUCUACGGCACAAGCUGAAUCCUCCUUCCAUCGAGCACUGGUGGGCGGUAGGGACAUUUUACCAUCAGGAAAGAUGCAUUAGUGGGCGGCAGGUAUAAAAAGGUUGACUACCCCUGGCUUAGAUAGGUAAAGGUAAAGGGACCCCUGACCAUUAGCUCCAGUCGUAGCUGACUCUGGGGUUGCGGCGCUCAUCUCGCUUUAUUGGCCGAGGGAGGCGGCAUACAGCUUCCGGGUCAUGUGGCCAGCAUGACUAAGCCGCUUCUGGCGAACCAGAGCAGCGCAUGGAAACGGCGUUUACCUUCCCGCCGGAGUGGUACCUAUUCAUCUACUUGCACUUUGACGUGCUUUCGAACUGCUAGGUUGGCAGGAGCAGGGACCGAGCAACGGGAGCUCACCCCGUCGCGGGGAUUUGAACCGCCGACCUUCUGAUCGGCAAGCCCUAGGCUCUGUGGUUUAACCCACAGCGCCACCCGCGUCCCCUGGCUUAGAUAGUAAUCACUAAAUUGCCUCACCAAAUUCUUGUCACACAGGCAGAUGCUGUAUGAUUUGUCAGAAGGGUUCACUAAGGGAGAUGUGGAGACUGCCGUGUUCUUUCUGAGGGGCCAUAUCCCAAAGAAGCAAUCCACUGAUGUAAGUAAAAAGUAAGGGCUUCUAAAAAUAGUUCCAUUCUAGUGGGCUGGGGGAAAUGCCCAGAAAGAUUGUAACUGUACUGUGAUGGUCAGUGUGAGAGUUAAGGAAAGGAGCAGUAGGACAGCCUUCCCCAACUUGGUGACCUUCAGAUGUUCUGAUGGGGCUGCUGGGAGCUGUAGUCUGUGACUUCUGGAGGGCAUUUGGGUAAACUUUGGAUCAUGUCACAAAGUAAAGAGAAAGAAGAAGCCCAUUUGAGCAUGUGCGUUGCUUCUCUGUCACGGAGAACUUGCAACAUACACAUGCAUGUUCAUUAUGGGAUAAACUCACUGUGUGAAAACAUGGCAACUUGCACAUAUUUAUAUUAUUUUUACGUUUAUAUAAAGGUAAAGGGUCCAGUUGUGACCGACUCUGGGGUUGCGGCGCUCAUCUCACUUUAUUGGCUGAGGGAGCUGGUGUACAGCUUCCGGGUCAUGUGGCCAGCAUGACUAAGCCGCUUCUGGCGAACCAGAGCAGCGCACAGAAACGCCGUUUACCUUCCCGCCAGAGCGGUACCUAUUUAUCUACUUGCACUUUGACGUGCUUUCGAACUGCUAGGUUGGCAGGAGCUGGGACCGAGCAACGAGAGCUCACCCCGUUGCGGGGAUUCGAACCGCCGACCUUCUGAUCGGCAAGUCCUAGGCUCUGUAGUUUAACCCACAGCGCCACCUGCGUCCCUCUUACGUUUAUAUAGUUACUCCAUAAUGGAAGUUAUCUGGGCGGCUCACAAAGCAAUAAAUAAGCGAAACAUUAAAAUAUUGCAUAGAAUAUUGUAUAAAAUUCUCUCUCUUCCAUCUGGCUGGGUUUCUCCACUCUGGGUGGCUCCCAACAGAAUAUAAAAAAACACGAUAAAACAUCAAAAUUUAAAAACGUCCCUAAACAGGGCUGCCUUCAGAUGUCUUCUAAAAGUCAGAUAGUUGUUUAUUUCCUUGACAUCUGAUGGGAGGGCGUUCCACAGGGCUGGCGCCACUACUGAGAAGGCCCUCUGCCUGGUUCCCUGCAACCUCGCUUCUCGCAGGGAGGGAACCGCCAAAAGGCCUUCGGCGCUGGACCUCGGUGUCCAGGUUGAACGAUGGGGGUGGAGAUGCUCCUUCAGGUAUACUGGGCCAAUAACAACUAUUACAAAUGUGACUGGGAAUGACCCUGGAGAGGAGGAACGUUAGAGAGUAUUGAGAAGGUUGGGAUCUUCACUCCUCACAACUGCUUCAUUGGAUCAAUAGGCCUGCACUGGUUUGCUUUCAUUGACUAAAGAGUUAACUUGUACGGACACUUUUUUAAAAAAAAUUGCUGACCUACACUUGACUCUGGCUGCUCCUGAUACCAUCUGAGAUGCUCAGUGUUUAAAAAAAGACUAGGUCUGUAAAGUUGCAGGGAUUUAUUUGGCCUGUUCUGUGUUGGCUUUCAGAAUAAUUUCAUCACUUUGGUUGGGGAGCACAGGAAACACAUGGGAGUUUGUUGUUGCUGAGAAACACUUCUCUUAAAAUGUAGAAAGACUUGGUGAUUCCUGGCCGGGGCGUGAGAUAUAAGCAAGGACGCAGCUAUUGUGUUUACUUUUUCUCCUAGUCUGCUCUAGAACUGUUGACUUGCCUGGAGAAGCAAGGCCUUAUAUCGGAGACCAAUAUCUCUCUGCUGGAAGAAACCUGUCAGAAGAUAUCGCCCGAACUCCUGAAAAUACUGGCAGCAUAUAAAGAAAGACAAGGUGUCUAAUUUUGAGUAGAUCAUCUCCUUACAAAUUGACCAAAAUGAACUUAGUUGUUCCUCUUAUCUUAUCAGACAGUAGCUACUGGCAUUGUCUCGUGUAGGUUGAUAAUGGCAAUGCAACUAAGGCCCAAUUUAAAAAUGGGUAUGUGUUAGAUUUGGCCUUGCCAGGUUCGCUGUAAAAUGGGGUAGAAGAGGGCUAAGUUUUUAUAACAAGAAGAGGCAUCAGGGAGAAAAGCACAACACACUUUCCUUCCUUUUAGAAGGGGGGAAGUUAACCCCCUUCUAAAAAAAAACCCUCUAUAGCUGGAUCGGCAAAUUCAUUGGUUACUUUUCACCUGUGUUUUAAAUCUAUGAAUCAGUGUUUUAUCAUUCACUUUUUCUGAUCCCAAUUUGUUCCUUUUUUAUUAUUUAAUCAUGGGAUACAUUUCCUUUUUGUUUAAUCUGCCUUAAGAAAUCUUGAACUCAUUCCUAACUUGCUCCUGGUUUCCUCGCUGACUUUCUAACAUGAGAGCUUCUCAUCUACGUGAGAUGUGAAUGUUGAAAUGGAAAUGGGGUUGUGGAGAUGAAUGCCCUGUAGUUUGGGCGACUUGCUCAAGACCAAUCGGCUAUCUGUCUCGCUUCUUUGUAUGUAAACAGGAAUAUGAAUGCUCUGUGUUCAGGGUAAAUCAAAUACCUAUCAUCAGCGCUAUGGCUGGGGGCAGGGAUGGCGAGGAAUGUGUGGUUGUGGCGAUCACACAGGGUCCCCGGACGUUUGACGGUCUAUUGAUCCCUGUGCCACCACUGGGAUUGCUUCCCCUUUGCCACCAACCCGUUUCUCUCAGGUACACACGGAGUCCAGACAGUUUUUAACAUUAAACCAAAUAAACAAGUUUAUUUUAUAAGCCUUAACUAGUUUAUGGUUUCAGAUAAUUUUUCUUGUCAGUUUCUUAAUACUAGUUUCCUUACCGGCCUAUACCUUCCUAAUAACUUCUAACUAAUUAUCCCAACUGUCUAUCUGACUCCUCGUAACAGAUUCUCUCACUCUCUCAUAUCAACCUAUCCCAACCCACAGACGUAUCCUCACUCUCCCUUCUCUAACACCCGACUGACUCUCAACAACACUAACUCUAACUCUGACUCCUCCCCUUGGGUUCCCACUUGCCAAUCACUUCACACUCAUUUAACCCUUUCCUUAUGACCCAGCAUGAUGUCACCUAGGAGGGCAAACGCCACAGUGGUCCUUCAGAAGUUUUGGUCUUGAGCUUCCAUAAGCCCCAGCCGUAAUGCUAGCGAUCAUAGGAUUGUAGAGGUGGAAGGGGACACCCAAAGUCAUCUAGUCCAACCCCCUGCAGUACAGGAAUCUCGACUAAACUAGUAGUGUUUGGAGUUGCAGACCGGCAACAUUGGCCAUGCUGGCUGGGUCUGGUGCAAGUUGGGAGACCAACAACAUCUGAAGCCAAAUGGAGACAGGCUGCGCAAAAGCCUUCCAUUCUGUUCUGUUUGUUGAUAGUUGACUACCUAGAGCUCCCUCAGCUUAAUCCUCACAGCAGACUUCUAGGACCAGUCAUCUGUACCGAUUAUUCCUAUUACGUAGUUCUUGCUAGGCAAAGGAAGGCAUGACUCUCAACCUUUUUUGUUCUCUCAUCCCUUGUAACCGGCAGAGUCUAAAGAACAAAGCACGGAAACUCUGCCCUCUCCUGGUGCUGGUGGAUUUUAUUUACUCAAGGUAUGCUGCAAGAAAAUAUUUCCUUCUAUCUAUCAUUUUGUUAUAUAGUGGUACCUCUGGAUGCGAACGGGAUCCGUUCCGGAGGCCCGUUCACAUCCUGAAGCGAACGCAACCUGCGUCUGUGCAUCUGUGUGGGUCGCAAUUCGCCGCUUCCGCGCAUGUGUGUGAUGUCAUUUUGAACGUCUGCGCAUGCACGAGUGGCGAAACCCGGAAGUAACGCACCCCGAAAAUGCUCAACCUGAAGCUACUUCAACCUGAGGUAUAAACUGUACACCAUUUGAUUCCCCACCCCCAACUUUGUGUUGGUUGCUGCUUUCAGGGGUAGUCUACGAUGUUUUCGGACCUGGUUCCCACUUAACCCCAUCAAGCAAUACGUGACCCUUAUUUGUUUGUUUAUGGGAAGAAGGGUGGGGUGGGGGGGUAUCUGUGUAUUCACACACAAAAACUUUUUUAUAUAUUAUAAAAUGCAUAUAGACACCCCCCCACACAUCAGUGGAGUGACAGGUCAGUAUUGCUCACUUGGCUCUUGUCUUGCUACUGGAUUGGUAGCUAUUUUUUAAAAUUCACACAAAGUGGAAAUAGUUUAACCAUACUGCAUUUUGUGCAUGGUCAGUUUUUAUGCUUCUCUACUUAGGUAGAUGCCUUCAUUCAUUUUGCCUUAUAUUAUUUUUACAACUCCAUUCACAUUUUAUUUUACAACUCCAUUCACAUUUAUAAUCACAAAUAAUAGAAAUAACACAAGAUUCUUCCGAAUCUCAAGACUUCCCUCCUCCCCUCCAUGGGUACUCUACGUAACUUUUUAAACUAAAUAUUAUAAGUCCAUCUAAUUUACCCUUCUCCAUUGUGUAACAUUGCAAGAGUUAUUUAAAACCUGCCAAAGAGUUCAGGUGUUUACAGCGAUCUUUCCAAUAUAAUGAAAAUUUGUCCCAUUCUUUAUUGAAGUUUUGAUUCUCCUGGUUUCUGAUUUUCCCAGUUAGCCUUGUCAUCUUCAUAGUCCAAUAAUGUUGGUGCUACUGAUCUGGAUAGAAACCUGUCUUGUGUGCUGUCGUUUGUUGCCUCUUUGAGCGCAACGAUUCCCCUUUGUAGUUAAUUGUCUUUGCUGCAUCUAAGCACCAUUCUGUUGUAGCAGAAGCUACAGCUAAAACCCCACCUUUCCUUUUCAGAAGGCUGCAAUUAGUUUAUCAGGAUGUGCGAAGGUGCAUGGAUGUUAUUAAGCACAUUUAGUGUAUAGAAAUUAUUUCGAACUUUGAGCUCUCAUGUAUGCGCAGAAGAGGCACACAGAUUAACACUGUGACACAUCAGUGGUGGCACAUCAGCCAGGGCCAAACGAUGGCUUAGCCACAAGGGCACAGGCUCGGAGAGAGGAAAUUGCGACCUUUUCUCUCUGAUCAUUCUGCUGCUGUGCUGAGCUAGAAAAGCCACGAAUCAAAAGUAAACUUUGGUUACUUGCUUGUGUUAGUCUGGUGAGGGCUAAACAAUGAACCUAUGUUCGGGCAACAUGGUAAUACAAACUGUGGUAUAAGUUAGCAGCAGAACACCUCGGCAGGAGCAAAGCAGCCACAAUUUCCUUUAUGGAAAUAUGCACAUUCAUAUUAAGCCACAGUUUGGCUUGGUGUGAUGCGCAAACCCAGCUGGUGAUGAAGAUGUAAUUUAAAAAGAAGGAUCAGAGCAGUUUAAUGCGUCCUGACUAAAUAUCUUGUGAUCAGAUGCUUUUGGUCAUGAUCUUGUUGCUUUUCUCUUCUCUGCAUGGAAUAUUUGCAAGUGAAAUCUUUCUUUUGUUUCCCAUACAGGGACUCUCUGUCAAUGACCCACCAAGAAAUCAUUGUAAGUAUUGAAAGGUCUUGCCUUCCUAAUAUGCAUAUUUAGAUCUAAGGGUUGUCUUCAACUAAGUUUUACUCAGAGUAAACCCACUGAAAUAAAUGGACAUGGCUAAGUCGUUGUUUUAUAAAUGGCACCCUUUUAUUCUUUUUUUUUUUUAAAUAUGAUUUUCAAUUUUAUACAUUUCAGUAAUUUUAUAAUCAUUUUAACAUUUCAAAACUUGACUUCCAUCCCCCUAUUUCUGCGGUUCCUUAAAUUUAUUUUUUAUAUUUUCUGCAUAUCCAAAUUAACUUAGUUUGCUCAUUUAUUUGUCUACUUUAAAUAUAUACUCUUAUAAAUCCAGCACCCUUCUAUUCUUGAUAAUUCUGCUGACAAGAGGGUAUGGGGGGUAGUGGUGGCAGAGUUGAGUACUUUUGUAGGGAGAAAUGAACCGCCAGAAGGCCCUCGGAGCUGGACCUCAGUGUCUGGGCUGGAUGAUGGGGGUGGAGACGCUCCUUCAGAUAUCAGGACCGAGGCCGUUUAGGGCUUUCAAGGUCAGCACCAACACUUUGAAUUGUGCUCAGAAACAUACUGGGAGCCAAUGAAGAUCUUUCAGGACUGGUGUUAUAUGGUCUCAGCGGCUGCUCCCAGUCACCAGUCUAGCUGCCACAUUCUGGAUUAAUUAAUUUAUUAUUUAUAACACCUUUUCCUUUUCCUUCCAAACAGAUCCCCACACUGAAGAAUCUGGGAGCAUGAGGGAGUAUUCUGGACGUCUGCACUCCUUUGGUGCAAGUCAAGGUGAGAUGGGUCGUAGGUUCUUGCUUUUUUUGUUAUUCUGAGCUGUUCUCUGUGUAGGGGUCUGUGAGGUGUCUUUGAUUGAAUGUGCAGAAAGGAAAAGAGAGAUGAUUGUCUGAAAGUGGCCUGUAUAUCAGCUUAGCAAGCCUCAAGACUAAGCAGCCUUGUGCCCUCAACGCCAUCAGCCACUUCAUUCCACACUUUGUUUGAGUUACAAACAAGCCAGGAAGUCUUUGAUUAGCUUCCCGUUGAGAUCUGAACAGGGAAAACUGAUAUGCAACUGAAGAAACCAUCUUUAAACCAUAGCUUCACAUACUGUCGUGUUCAGAAGCCAUGAACCGUGAUUUCUCUGUUUGAACGCUGCGGGAAACUAGAGUUCGCCUGUGCAAAGCAGGGAAUGAAGCAGGUACGCCUGGGAGCACGAGGCUCAUUCACGUCUUGGCUUAAUAAUAAUAAUAAUAAUAAUAAUAAUAAUAAUAAUAAUAAUUUAUACCCCGCCCAUCUGGCUGGGUUUCCCCAGCCACUCUGGGCGGCUUCCAGCAAACACUAAAACACAGUAACAUAUUAAACAUUAAAAGCCUCCCUAAACAGGGCUGCCUUUAGAUGUCUUCUAAAAGUUUGGUAGGUAUUUUUCUCUUUGACAUCUGGUGGGAGGGCGUUCCACAGGGCGGGUGCCACUACCGAGAAGGCCCUCUGCCUGGUUCCCUGUAACUUGGCUUCUCACAUCGAGGGAACCAUCAGAAGGCCCUCGGCACUGGACCUCAGUGUCUGGGCAGAAUGAUGGAGGUGGAGAUGCUCCUUCAGGUAUACUGGACCGAGGCCGUUAAGUGGAGAAUUGGUUGUCUAAAUGCAGGCAUAGAGAAAAUGAUUUUGCAUUUUUAAGGGGUUAUUUUUGUCACCCUUUUUUAUUUUUUAGGCAGUGUUCUAACCAAAAUCUGAACCCAAGUGCAUCCCUGUAUUUGCCUUGCAGAUUUAAAAGCUGGAAAUGUGCAAGAGCCGAGUUUGCAACAGCCUGCAGGACAGGAUCAACUGAAACCAGCAGAGGUUUGGCAUGUUCUGAAGGGUUUAUUGAAUACAACUGGCCCUUCCUUAAGUCUGUAAAUAACCCGUUACAGCCUCAUUCUGUUCAUGUGCUUAAUAGUGGUAGCAGUAGAGCUUGAGACCAAAAACCUUGAACUCGGGUCCAUCUGUCCCCAAUCAGUCACCUUUAUUGGCAUAUUGAGAAUACAAAAACACAUGAGUCAAAAUAUAAAAUUGGCAUCUGUCCAUAAAGAGAGAUACCUUAAGAUAGAAAGAGGCAAUACCUUUUGUAGCAAUUCUGGCACACGCCCUCGAAGUCCGGUAAGACCCGGCUGAGAGAGAGGGGUGUGCCGAAGCUGGUUUUUCAGAACAAAACACAACAGAAACAGUAGUUGCUGCCACCACUUCCUUAUCUUAGGACAGUCCAGAAGAAUAACCUAAGGAAGAAGAUUACUCUUCAACGGGCUGUCCCACCCUGUAUUGCUUUACCACAUUUCAGGCAGAAAUUCAACAGGUCUGGUAGGUGACCAAGUGGCCAGGCAUUGGACUUGGACUUCCCCAGCAGAAGGCACAAAAGACGGAACAGGAAAAUCCUUUCCCCAAAAUUUAUUUAAAAAACAAGAUCAUUCAAACUUAAACGCUGGCACAUCUCUUACAAGUUUCAAACAGUGAAAUAAAAACAUUGUUUAACAUCACUAACUAACCAUACUCACAAACGAGAACAAAGAAGACUUAGGAUAGUUUGUAAGGUUCUCGGUUGAUUCCGCAUUUCAGGCAAAUACUCUACAUCACAAAUAAUGCGCAUAUGAAUGUAGAGAGGAUGGUGGCUGCAGACAUGAUGGUAAGCCUGGCAGGAUGGGCAGCGGCAAAUUGCAACUCAGUUCCCUAAGAUUUUAUCCCUGGGAACCCAUGUGUAUUCGAACUCAAGGGCCAAUCAGUUAUUCUGAUUAAUUAAGAAUCGCCAAUGGUUACACAUCUUAAAAAGCAUCUUAAAAAGUAGCAUCUUAAAAAGACAGCAUCUUAAAAAGUAGAGGUCACCAAAGGUCCGUAUAGUAAAAGCUAUACGGGAAGGACAGAUCCUGAAGCUGAGGCUCCAAUACUUUGGCCACCUCAUGAGAAGAGAAGACUCCCUGGAAAAGACCCUGAUGUUGGGAAAGAUGGAGGGCACAAGGAGAAGGGGACGACAGAGGACGAGAUGGCUGCACAGUGUUCUCGAAGCUACCAGCAUGAGUUUGACCAAACUGCGGGAGGCAGUGGAAGACAGGAGUGCCUCGUGUGCUCUGGUCCAUGGGGUCAUGAAGAGUCGGACACGACUAAAUGACUAAACAACAACAACAAUGGUUACACAGUCGGGCGAUAACUCAGCUUGUGGGCAGCUGAACCUUGUUUAUCUCAAGACCUUGAGAUGAAAGAAUAUCCUCCCAAUUCUCAGACACACACCAGAUCCACAUUCUUGCUGUAAUAAGGUUGGUGACUCUAUUCACACAGAAACAAUGUCGUAAAUAACCAGGUGUUAGGGCCCCAAAAUCAACUAGGAAGCUUCCUUCCUGCAGAUGGAGGAGAUAGCUUAUUCACACUUUCAGAGACACUAAGUCUACGGUUAAAGAAAACAGAAACACAUUCCCCAUAAUUCUCUAGUCUUUGGUUCUCCCACAAUGCCUUUCCCUGGCUUGGCCAAAGUUUGUCUUGUUCAGAUUUCAUAACAUCACUACACCUUUCAUUGGAUUUAUACCCCAACCUUCCUCCCAAUGGAGCUUGGGACCACCCAGGGGUAACCAGGAUAGCUUUGUGCUGAUCUUCUGGAAAGAUUUGCCAGACAGGGAUGGAGAACUCAUCGUUCUCUGGAUGCUAUUGAACUCCCAACUCCAGCUGAGACGAGGGUAGUGGGUGAUGAGAAUCCCAGAACACCUGAAGGCCACAACCCCAGGGUUGGAUGGGCCUGGUUCCCAGUGACACAGGAGGACUUCCUGUCCUUGAAACAAAUCUGGGCCAGCCAGCCAAUAAAUUUUCCUCUGUGAGGAGCUUCUUGUUGUUUAGUCGUGUCCGACUCUUCGUGACCCCAUGGACCAGAGCACGCCAGGCACUCCUGUCCUCUACUGCCUCCCGCAGUUUGGUCAAAGUCACGCUGGUAGCUUCGCAAACACUAUCCAACCAUCUCGUCCUCUGUCGUCCCCUUCUCCUUGUGCCCUCCAUCUUUCCCAACAUCAAGGUCUUUUCAAGGGAGUCUUCUCUUCUCAUGAGGUGGCCAAAGUAUUGGAGCCUCAGCUUCAGGAUCUGUCCUUCCCGUGAGCACUCAGGGCUGAUUUCCUUAAGAAUGGACAGUUCUGAUCUUCUUGCAGUCCAUGGGACUCUCAAGAGUCUCAUCCAGCACCAGAAUUCAAAAGCAUCAAUUCUUCAGCGAUCAGCCUUCUUUAUGGUCCAGCUUUCACUUCCAUACAUCACUACUGGGAAAACCAUAGCUUUUACAGCCAGCAGCAAAUGGUGCAUCCUUCUUUCAAGUUCCCAAAACCAGCCAGGUUAAUUUGGUUCGUGGCGCAGAAACUCCCAUGAGUGCCUCUCCUGCUUUCUCCCACUAAGCCUACCACAACAACAGGUGAAAUAACUUAACAGGCUGCUGUCCUUUUCGUAACACCCCAAACCUGCUGUCUGUGGUGGUUACCCUCACUGAUUAAUAGUAGAGCCGGCCCUGGAAAUAUUAGUCCCGUUUGCAAGCCAAGAUGCUAAACUCAGUCCCUGUUUUUAGAAGCACAUCAAUACCGCAUGCUGGAGACAGACAAUGGGAGGGGUAUUGCUUGCCAGCAGGGAAGUAAAUGUUCACUAUUGGAAACAGAUGCGGGUGGCGCUGUGAGUUAAACCACAGAGCCUAGGACUUGCCGAUCAGAAGGUCGGUGGUUCGAAUCCCCGCGACAGGGUGAGCUCCCGUUGCUCAGUCCCUGCUCCUGCCAACCUAGCAGUUCAAAAGCACGUCAAAGUGCAAGUAGAUAAAUAGGUACCGCUCCGGCGGGAAGGUAAACGGCGUUUCUGUGCGCUGCUCUGGUUUGCCAGAAGCGGCUUAGUCCUGCUGGCCACAGGACCCAGAAGCUGUCUGCGGACAAACGCCCGCUCCCUCGGCCUAUAGAGCGAGAUGAGCGCGCAACCCCAGAGUCGGCCACGACUGGACCUAAUGGUCAGGGGUCCCUUUACCUUUAUCUAUUGGGAAACUAUAUAUAAUGAAUUUUAAAAGAUACUUUUAAAAACUUUCCCAAAAACACCUGAGAUUUCCCUCUUGGGAAUGGUAACAAUGGAGGUCCCCCAAAAACAAAAGUUUAUUACUAUAUGCCCCCACCGCAGCUAGAACCAUAUUGGCACAAAGGUGGAGAAUAAGUAUAGUACCCACUUAAGAAAGAAUAGCAGUGUAAACUGUUUGAAUACGCUGAACUGGCUGGUUUGAUGAACCAGAUAAGAGAAAACGAAGAUGAGGAAUACAAGGAGGAAUGGACAAUGUUUAUUGAAUAUUUUAAGAACCAGUAUAGACAAAUACAUAGCUUGGCAGGUCUCGAGCAAAUCCACAGAGAUGUGGAUUAUGCAGAGUAGAAGAAAAGCAAAAGAAACCAGGAAAAGUUGGAAGGCAAGUCCUAUGGUACACAUGCUGUAUUUGGUACAAAGUUGUAAGUGGGACAGGGGGAGGGGGGUUAAAUAUGCUCUCUGUUCCUGUUUUUGAAAAUGCAAAUUAAUGAAAGAAAAGAAUAAUGGUGGCACCAUAUGACUUCCAGCACAACAGUUGCGCCAGCAAAAGCUUGUGCAACAGGAAAUAUCAGCUUUGCAGCAAUGUGUUGUGCAACCUGCCAUAAGGACCAUUCUCUAGUUAGAGAUUGGUACACAGGAAAUGAGGGAGAAGUUAGUGAAUAUAUUUUUUUAUCAAACCAAAUAGGCAAAGGUGGCAGAAUAUUGAAAAUCCUUUAUUAAGGAAUAUCAUUGAGAUAUGGGUGAAACAUAAAGGAAAAUUGAAACUAACAAGUUCCCCACUAACUCUGGUGGUGGUGAUAGAAGACUUCCCAGUAAAUUUUUAAAAAGGAAAGUGAAAGUGAAGAAAAUACUUAGAAUAAAGGGUUGGGUGGAGAAAAUGAGAAGCAAAGAACAAAUAAGAGAAGUUCUAACAGGAAGUAAGGUAACUUGGUUUAACUGUAUACAACUGGAGUAAUGGACAAAGAAGUGGUUAAGGGAAAACAAGAACUGCAAAGAAUGUACAAAAUUUGAAAAAAUGGUUAUAAAAGGGGGAGAUAAAGAAAACAAUACAGUUAUAAAAGGGGAAACCAGUGAAAUUUAUAAAAACUAGUAGAAAUGGAAGAUCAAGAAUACAAAUUAAAAGAGGUGUGGCAGAUAGUCAAAGCUGGGGGGAAAUAUGGGAGAAUAGUACGUUGAAAAUGUUGUCUAUAUGAAGAAAAGAAAAUUAUUCUAAAUUAAUUUGGAGAUGGUAUUUAACACCAGUCAGAUUAAAUCAAAUAAACAAGGAAUAUUCAGUAUUAUGUUGGAGGGGAUGCCAGGAAACAGGGAGUUAUAUUCACAUGUGGUGGGGGUGUAAAUAUGUUUUUUUAAAAAAUUGGCAAAGGGUGUUUAAGGAGAUAACAGAGUUCACUGGGUUAAAGUUGACCAAAAGUCCAUUAGCAUUAUUAUGGUAGCAUUAUUAUCAAUUUACGAUGGGGUGGAAGGUUUGCAGGCUGCGAAGCACUUGCUCACAAAUUUAUUGACAGCUGCACGACUUAUUAUAGCUAGGAAGUGGAAGGGGCAAGCAGAGUAUAAAAUGGAAGAAUGGUAUAAAAGUGUGGGAUAUAGCUAUGAACGAUAAAUCAACAUGUGCCAUUAAGUUAAGACAGGGAAUAUGCAGGAGAAAUUAUUUUGAGGAGAUAUGAAAGGAGUGUGUAGAAUUUGCACUGUUAAAACAGAAAGGGGUCAAACCAUCGCAAGAGGUGUUGAAAUUUUGGGAGGUUAGAUAGUUACAAUGGAAUGGUCUCGGUGGUGGGGUGCAUACAGUGGUACCUCGCAAGACGGAAAACUCGCAAAACGAAAGGGUUUUUGGUUUUUUGGGUUGCUUCGCAAGACAAUUUUCCCUAUGGGCUUGCUUCGCAAGACGGAAACGUCUUGCAAGUUUGUUUCCUUUUUCUUAAAACCGUUAAUACAGUUGCGACUUGACUUCGAGGAGCAACUCAUAGCACGCGGUGUGGUAGCCUUUUUUGAGGUUUUUGAAGACUUUGGUGAUUUUUGAAGCUUUUCCAAAACUUUUCCGACACCGUACUUCGCAAGACGGAAAAAACCGCAAGACGAAAAAACUCGCGGAACGAAUUAAUUUCGUCUUGCGAGGCACCACUGUAUUUUUAUUCUUAUUUAUUUAUGAUUAUUACUUUGUAAAUAAAUGUACAAAAUAUAAAUACAAGAAUGAAUUAAAAAAAGAAAAGAAAAACCAUUCUGGCUAGCUGCCCUUCUCUUGCUCAUACCAUCCUGCUAGCACGAAUAUAAUAUACAGUGGUACCUUGGUUCUCAAACACCUUGGUACUCAAACAACUUGGAACCCAAACACUGCAAACCUGGAAGUAAGUGUUCCGGUUUGCGAACCUUUUUCGGAAGCUGAACAUGCUCCAUUUUGAGUGUUAUGCUUCUGAUCUGAGUGCAGCACUUCCGAUUUGAGAGUUACGCUGAAGUCUGUUUUUGCUAUUUGCUUUUUUGUGGCUCUUUUUUGUUUUUGUGACUUUGUGGAACCCAGUUCAGCUACUGACAUUGAUUGCGUGACUGCAGUACAUUGUUUAUUGCCUUCAUUUUAUGGAUCAGUGGUCUCGUUAGAUAGUAAAAUUCAUGUUAAAUUGCACAGUGUGGACUUCCUCCCCAAGGAAUUUGGUGUGGAGUAAGCCACCCUUACGAUGGGACCCGGGUGGCACUGUGGGUUAAACCACAGAGCCUAGGACUUGCCAAUCAGAAGGUUGGCGGUUUGAUCCCCGCGACGGGGUGAGCUCCAGUUGCUCGGUCCCUGCUCCUGCCAACCUAGUAGUUCAAAAGCACGUCAAAGUGCAAGUAGAUAAAUAGGUACUGUUCUGGUGGGAAGGUAAACAGUGUUUCCGUGCGCUGCUCAGGUUCGCCAGAAGCGGCUUAGUCAUGCUGGCUACAUGACCCGGAAGCUGUACACCGGCUCCCUUGGCCAAUAAAGCGAGAUGAGCGCCACAACCCCAGAGUCGGCCAUGACUGGACCUAAUGAUCAGGGGUCCCUUUACCUUUACCUUUAAGCCACCCUUGCUAAGGAGCCGUACCUAUCCUAGUACUGGACAUGUUUGUGCACAAAUACCUGGGUGUUGUUGUUUUUUGCAGAAAGUCUUAUUUUCUUGAGGAAUCCCACAGGUAUUUAAACUCACCUCCAGCCUUCAAUCUAGAUUUAAGAUCAGUGGUGCUGUUAGGGUUAAGUCUUAGGAGCAGAGAUCCAGAGCACAGUUUGCCAUAACGAGCAGUGUUUUUAAGUAAGCAACAUAAGGCACGUUACCGUAUAAAGAGGGUUUCUAUAAAUCCAAAAUCUACCUAACAGUAUCACUGCCUGAGAUGAUGUGAGAUAGAUAAAACAGACUGGAUAAGAUGAUGAAGUCUGACUUCCCCUUAUUCCACAGGUGUCUGCUCUCUAUAAAAUGAACAGGUCUCGCAGAGGAUAUUGCCUUAUUUUUAAUAACGUCUAUUUCAAGGGACGUUUGAAACCCAGAGCAGGAUCUCAAAAAGAUGCCAGUAAGUGACUUGUCAAGCGUGUGUCUUGCCUCUCUUUAAUACCUUUCAAAAUAAGUGUUUUCAUAUACGUAGCAAGGAAGUUAUUGUUGGUUUGCAAGUUUAAUGUGGUUUCAGGGUACAGAAACCUUUCUGCGUUUAUGGAAGUGUCCAGAAAAGAUCCUUAGAUUUUUGUACUCUUAAGUGCUGAGAAGAAACUUACGGGGUCUGAGAGCUUGGAGAAAACUCCUAAAACAACCAUAACUUGUCUACUGAAAGCUGUAUUCAAGGAGAUGGGUGGCUUGGUGAAGAUGUUUGGCAUAGAAAUGGCAUAGAAAUUGGCAUAAACAUUUGGGUUAAUCCUGUAGAAAUGAGCAGGCUUUCAUUGCUUUUUACAAACCUCUCCACAAUGCAGUUUUCCUCAUUCUGCACCUUACUGGAAUGUGUUAGCCUUGGGAUAGUCAAUGUAGUUGUGAUUAUUGAUGGAAAGCAAAUACCGUAUUUUUUGCUCUAUGACUCACUUUUUCCCUCCUAAAAAGUAAGGGGAAAUGUGUGUGCGUCUUAUGGAGCGAAUGCAGGCUGUGCAGCUAUCCCAGAAGCAAGAACCGCAAGAGGGAUUGCUGCUUUCACUGCGCAGCGAUCCCUCUUGCUGUUCUGGCUUCUGAGAUUCAGAAUAUUUUUUUUCUUGUUUUCCUCCUCCAAAAACUAGGUGCAUCUUGUGGUCAGGUGCGUCUUAUAGAGCGAAAAAUAUGGUGAUUUCUAUAUUAAACACUUUUAUCAGUGAUUGUAUUGUAUCAAAUCUGUUUUACCCUAAUGACAGUAUAGAAAUCCUGAUUAUAAAAGGUAUAACUGGAAGCUGCCUUUAUGGGAUCAGGGUUUAAAUUGAUGCAUCAAACUUUUUCCUGUUAAAUUGGCACACCUGUUUUGUUGGUGUUUACUGCCAUCUCUCUGCUCUCCCCCUUCUCUCUGACAGUGGAAUUGGAAAGUGUGUUCAAAUGGCUUGGGUUUGAAGUGAAAAAAUAUGAUGACAAGACAUCAGACGAACUUCUCCAACUUCUAAACGACUGGCAGUCUUCUGAAUACUGGAAAGGCAGUGAUUGUCUUGUGUGCUGCAUUCUGUCUCACGGCGAAUCUGGGAAAAUUUAUGCGGCGGAUGGCUGUCUCAUCUCCAUCAAUAAAAUCACAUCUUUCUUCACAGCCAAACAAUGUCCUUUACUGGCUAAGAAGCCCAAACUGUUUUUCAUCCAGGCUUGUCAAGGUAGCAAGCCGCACCAACCUGUUUACCUUGAAGCAGACAAUCACGAGUUGGGCUCCCUUGGAGCAGAUGCCCAAACUUCAGGAUUUAUUCCGACACAACAGCAGAUGGCCUCAAGCAUCCCCGAAGAGGCAGACUUCCUCCUUGGCAUGGCCACAGUGGAUGGUUAUUUUUCUUACCGUGAUGUGCAGCGUGGCACAUGGUUCAUUCAGGGCCUCUGCGAGAAGCUGCGGGAGCUGGUUCCAAGGUGAUACUUUUACUUAUUAUGUGUGACAGUCUUUCUCGGCAUUAACCUGGCAUUUUGGAUAAAAUACAUUGGAUUGUACGUAACUAAGUCAUACUCUUAGCAGACCCAUUGAAAGCAACAGAUUUAGGUUACCGUAUUUUUCGCCCUAUAGGACGCACUUUUUCCCCUCCAAAAAUGAAGGGGAAAUGUGUGUGCGUCCUAUGGGGCGAAUGCAGGCUUUCGCUGAAGCUUGGAGAGCGAGAUGGGUCGGUGCGAACCGACCCCUCUCGCUCUCCAGGCUUCAGGAAGCUAUCCAUAAGCCUGGGGAGCCCGCGGGAGUUCCCGCAGGGCUCCCUAGGCUGCGGAUAGCAGCCUGCUUGCCUGGAGCGCGGGGCGCACUGAAGCAGAGCGCCCCGUGCUUCGGGAAGCUAUCCGCAGCCUAGGGAGCCCUGCGGGAGUUCCCGCGGCUGGGGGGGAAUAAAUUUUUUUUUCUUCAUUUCCCCCCCAAAAAACUAGGUGCGUCCUAUGGGCUGGUGCAUCCUAUAGGGCGAAAAAUACGGUAGCUCAUUCCAGUGGGCCAAUUUUGGUUGACUUUAUAUAAGCCUUCAUGUUGGCUAAUCCACUGAACGUUUUGAAAUACAGUCGUACCUUGGUUGCCGAAAGCCUUGGAACUCUUACGUUUCGGUUCCAAACGUGUUCCGGUUUUCGGAAGCCAAACGUCCGGCGCGGCUUCCGAUUGGCUACAGGACUUUCCUCCUGCAGCCAAUCGGAAGCUGUGCCUUGGUUUUCGAACGGUUCUCCCGGAACACUUUCUGUUCGAGAACUUAGAUACGACUGUAUAGACAUUAGUUAAUGUUGCAUGGUGCUGUUAAAGAGAGAUGCUGCAGUUUCUUUGGGGAAAGCUAAUUUCUCCUUUGUGUACAACAUAGAGGGAGGGCAUGCCCAGCUGGAAAGCUACAGGGCUCAUGCCAGCCAGGUUAAAAGUGGCUGGUCAGACUGGUGCACCUCUACAAACAUCGACUUAGGAAAUGGUGCUGUCUGGGUCAGCCUACCAGCUUGGCCUCUGACCAAACUGUGGGAGGCAGUGGAAGACAGGAGUGCCUGGCGUGCUCUGGUCCAUGGGGUCACGAAGAGUCGGAUACGACUAAACAACAACACCAGCUUGGCCAGUGUCUUUCAUGAUGCAAAACCAGAGAUGUUUGUGGUGCCGCCUUUGUUUUCCACAAGUUGGAAACUGUCACCCUGCACGACAUGAGACAAGCAUCUUUUUGGACACUACUAACUGCUGUUCGAGCUGCUGACUCAGCAGAUGGUAGACUAUCCUCAGCCAAGGUGAGGUAGCAGGGUAGGAUCCAGACCCCAAGCUAUCCCUGAUCUAGUAGGAUAAGGCACCUUUAAGGGUGCUGCAUUGUGUCUGCUCCUCAGUUCAAGCCUGAUUCUUACAUUAGGAGCUGUAUUGAAUAUUCAUGUGCACUCCUCUUGGUUUUGCCUUUUAGAGUUUGAAAGGUUGUGUAGUAAAAAGUGGUGAGGACCACUAACUUUUUUCCUUUAAGGUAAAGGGUAAAGGGACCCCUGACCAUUGGGUCCAGUCGUGGCCGACUCUGGGGUUGCAGUGCUCAUCUCACUUUAUUGGCCGAGGGAGCUGGCGUACAGCUUCCGGGUCAUGUGACCAGCACGACUAAGCCGCUUCUGGCGAACCAGAGAAGUGCACGGAAAUGCCGUUUACCUUCCCGCCAGAGUGGUACCUAUUUAUCUACUUGCACUUUGAUGUGCUUUCGAACUGCUAGGUUGGCAGGAGCAGGGACUGAGCAACGGGAGCUCCCCCAUCACGGGGAUUCGAACCGCCGACCUUCUGAUCGACAAGUCCUAGGCUCUGUGGUUUAACCCACAGCGCCACCCGUGUCCCUUUUUUUCCAUUUAGGACUAGACAAAUGCAGCUAACAAAUUCUUCUUAGGCUUAAGGGAUUUCAGAGUAUCCUAAAGAAAAGGACAGCAACAGGUUUUUUGCUUUUCUUCUUUAAUGGUGACAAUACUGCAUUCUAAUAUAUUUGCCUUCUCAUUCUCUCUGCAGGCGUGAAGAUAUCUUGUCAAUUCUUACGGCAGUCAAUGAUGACGUGAGCAAACGUUCAGACAAAAAUGGACUAAAGAAGCAGAUGCCACAACCAGCUUACACUCUCAGGAGGAAAUUAAUAUUCCCAGUGCCUAGCGACCCUCCUCCCGUGUCAGAACAGCUGUAG